GGCGGUUGCUGCUACCACCGACCAAGUGCGGAGGCAGCCUCGCGGCUCACUACGCGAGGAAUAGAUCGGUACCAUACCGAAUUCUCAGUGUCACUUUGACUGCACGUCCGAAAUCGUAUAUCGUACAUCGCGAGACGGAGACAGAGGCGACUUUGACUUUGUGCGCUGUCGUCGGGGACGAGUUAGAUUCGGGCGGGCGUAAAAAUUCAAUUGGAAUUCUCACGAUUCAAGGACGCAAAGAAGCUGAACGCCCUGAGAUACAUAUAUAAUUGAGAAUAAUUAAGUAUAUAAACGCGAGACCCCGCGAGAGAGAGACAAGCCUCGUACAGCUAUAGACGAGAUUCGAGCGGAAGUCGCAGAGAUCUUUGAUCUGCGAUUGAAUAAUCAGCAGUCGAUGCGCGCGACUAAUAGCGAUCAAUUACCAGCAUUAAGUCCCAUUUCGCGAGACUCAGACGAGAUACGAGCGAUAUAAGGGACCUUCGCGCUUCCGCGAGAAGGAGAUCUGACGAGAGGGAGGUCUAAUACGAAACCUAAUUCUACAAUUCUUUAGCCGUAAUGUAAAGAUAUCACACAAGUAUGAUACAAUUGGCUCGUAAUAAGAUAUUCAAUAAUUAAAUUCAAGUUGCAAAGUAGAAGAGUGAACUUGGUAAAGCGUAGUUAAAGUGUGAUCUCCAGAACGAGUGUGACGAGUUGGAAGAACCUGACGGGGUAAUCAUGCUCGGCGGAUACGAGGCACAAGCGGAAUACUAUCCGCAAUGGCAUCAACCCUACAAUUAUGUCACUCAGCUUCCUUACGGAUCUCUCGGCGUUCCCGACGCUGACAGUCAAUCGACGUACUGGGGCGCCGAUUCCGGUAUCUCAGGGGAUAGCUCUGGAGCAGGUAGUCCUACCGCUUCGACGCCACCCUUGAUCGAGGAGAUUGGUAUACAGGAGCCAAAUUAUUCACCCCUGCAGCAAUACGCGCACCCAUCGACUAGUCAGCACUAUGCUACCCUACAGUAUUCUCAGCAGCAAGAAACGUCGCCCCAUCAUCAUCAUCAUCUUCAUCACCAUCAUCACCAUCAUCACCAGACUAGUCACAGACGCGAGCACGAAUACGCGAGCGCGCAGACCGUCCAGCAGCAGCAGGUCGUUGGUGGGGUCGUCGCUUCUCUUCAGCAACAUCUUCAUCAAGGUGUACGCGAGGGUGGCCAGGUCGUGAUCAGGCCAAAGAGGAGAAAUACCGCCAAUAAGAAAGAGAGGAGACGCACGCAGAGUAUAAACAACGCCUUUGCCGACUUGAGAGAUUGUAUACCGAAUGUGCCAGCGGAUACUAAGCUAUCAAAGAUCAAAACCCUAAGACUGGCAGCGUCCUACAUCGGAUAUCUGAUGGCCGUUCUGGAGAGCGACGAGGGAGAGGAGCCACAGACCUUUCGCGCGGAGAUCCUUUCGAACGGCAGGAGGAACAAAGCGGCUCAACCAAAUCAGAAUGAGUCGUGUUUGCAAUCCGCCUCGAAUCUUGGUCACGAAGAAUCAACGAAGAGUAAAGGACGAACGGGAUGGCCGCAGCACAUGUGGGCUCUCGAAUUGAAACAAGAAUCACCGACCAGCCAAAUGCAAUAAAAUAUAUGGGAGUCACUUCUGUCAAAACAUAUCCGCGACAUUUCACAAAAUCAAAUCGCCCAUAUAAGUGAACGUUUAUAUUUACUUUUUUUUUUGCGACUGACGUCGGAAAGAUGUCAGCCGUGAUUUGCCUUCCUCGUUUAGAGACGUCUCUUGAAAAUUACCAGAUGAAAUAAAACGAAAUUAAGCCGAGAAACAAUAAGGAGCCAUUUAUAAAAUUAUCCCUACAUUUGUAAUAUCUUCAAAAUUUUGGGAAAAACUCGAAGACAUUUAGAAAUCACGGCCUAUCGUGAAAUGUGUGACUAUUCAAUGUAAGGAGGAAAAGAUCGUUUGUAUAUAAUACGCGUUCAUAAUCAUUGUGCAUGUACAUAGAAUUUCCUUCGGCCGAUAUAUUCUUACAAUGAGAGCCAAAGAAUAUUAUUUUAUCGACGAAACUUUUUGUAAACCAAACGACAACAUUGAGUUAUAUUUAAAACGCGUGAUUUCGAGGCGUCGCGUUAAUUAGAGAGCAGUAAGAAUCUUUGUAAAGUUUUGUAUAAAGUAUCUAUCGUUAAAAAAAUAAAGUGUAUAAAGUGUCACCAACAAUAAACGAUGUAUCAUAACGACCAUUAA